AUGACCUGCACAUUCGACAAAGGUGAAAACCACACUAAGUGCCAGAACUUCACAAUGCACUGGGUGUGUCAAAGCCAUCUGAGAGCAAGUAAUAUAGAAAGGUACAAGUUUAAACCUGACCUGAACCUGCAGGCAGAGCUAAAUGUCUACUUGUUUCAGAAUGUUCAGCCCCUCCCGCCGCAAAACCUCUCAGUCAGAGAGAGUUCAGGAGACUUCUUGCUGACCUGGACAGCAGCUGAAGGAAGCCAAGGGCUGGGCAAUGCACUGGAGUAUGAAGUCACUUACAAGCGGGAGUGGGAGUCCUGGGAGAAGGCUGCAUCGCGCUUGCUCUCCAACACCACACGUUGCCACCUCAGCCACCUCGUGCCAGGGAGCCAAUAUGUUGCCCGUGUGCGAGCCAGAGCGGAGCAGGCCAGAGGCUUCUCUGGGCCGUUCAGCAAGUGGAGCAUGGAUGUGUCCUGGGAGACCCCCGAAGGUAGUGAACGCAUUCAGCCCAGGAACCUUCGCUGCCUCUUCAAUGGUGCAAAUCUUCUGACGUGCAGCUGGGAAGUGAAGAAGCUGAUCACCACCUCUGUCAUCUUUGGCUUGUUCCUCAGGGCCACUCCAGCAUCCGCGGAAGAGGAGUGCUCUCCCGUGUACGAGAAGGCCUUGCCCCACAUCCCCUAUGUGGUGCAGAGCUGUGCGAUCCCUGUAAGCAACAUCAGCAGUCAGAGCCGGUACCACGUGUCUGUCCGGACCAAGACGGAGGAGAAACUGAUUGAAGCCUACAAGAACAUCAAGGUGCUACCCCCAACAAAUGUAACAGUGACAAUGAAUAAAGAUGGAGAUUAUGAGCUGAGAUGGAUAAAGCAUACACUUAGAAAACGGUGUUAUGAAGUGCUGUACUGGAAAACCAGCCAAAUGGAAAAGGUUACCAAAAUGAUUAUCAAUGAUGAGCCUUACUUCCUACUGCGGGAGCUGGAGCCAUCCACAACUUACACCAUAAAAAUGCGUGCAAAGCUGCAUGGUAGUGAGGGGCUUUGGAGCGAAUGGAGUGAGGAGUUCACCUGGAAAACUGACAGUGUUCUGUCACCAGUGCUUCUACCAGUGAUGCUGACAGCUCUCACCAUCACUUUGCUAAUAGUUGGUUAUUUCAGCUAUAAGUAUUUCCUCAGGCAGAAUAAAUUGUGGGAGGAAAAGAUUCCAAAUCCUGGGAAGAGUCUGCUGAUCCAGAGCUACCUGGGGGCAAGAGGGACCUGUACCUUGCAGGGUGUCCCUGCAAGUACAACAUGGAGUUAUUCUAAGGAAGCUGUCAGCCAACUGCCAGCCAGCCAGGUGGGCUUCAGUGGGCAGAACACUUCUGAGGGGGUGGAGGAGAUUAACUGCCUUCAAGUGCUGGAUGGGCUUCCGUGCAAGAGUGCUGCUGAUGCAAGUACUGCUUCCCAGACUGCAAUCACUUGCUUCGCUUUCAAUGGUCCAUACUUGUACAGCCCAGGGAUGUCCUCCCAGCCUGAAAUGCAUCAAACUCUUCAAGUGGACCCAGUGGGAAACCAAGAGAAAUCAGUGUCCCUUCAGGGGCAUGAGUCUGUUCCAGGCACCACGGAGGCAAGAGGAGGAGGUCCUCAGCAGCCUUUCCUGCUUCUAGAUCAGAAGGAAAUUAUGCAGCAUCUCAACGAUGAGAAAGAAGUCUCACCACUCCCCCCAGCCGGUGGGCAAGGCAUGAAUGUGAAACCAGAAGAGCAGAAAUCUCCAAAGGCUCUUGGCUGUGCCAUGUCCCUUCAGCAGUGACCCUCAGAGUGUAUCACCACAGACAGCCUCUUACUGCCAUCAGCCAGUGACUCCACACAUCUGCCACUUGCCACCCAUGAGUUUGCUCCUGGGAAAUCUGGUGUCACGGUCCCAGUUUCAGGUCAAGCCCCAUCUUUUUUUCCUGAAUCACACCUGGAUGCAUUUGGGGACUGCCUUGUUGUCUCUUCAGGUCUCCAUGGACCUUCAGAACCCACAAAAAUGUCCUUACUUAUUUCUUGA